UUGAAGUUUGCUCUCGUUUGUGUUCAGACCUCAGUUUCAAGAUGUCCAAGUUGGUGCUUUAUGGUAUGGACAUUAGUCCACCAGUUCACGCCUGUCUCCUGACUCUUCGUGCCCUCGAAUUGGAAUUCGAAUACAUCGAAGUUAAUCUAGCAGCUGGUGAGCAGAACAAUGAGGAGUUUCUCAAGAAGAAUCCACAGCACACUGUGCCGCUUCUGGAUGAUGACGGUACCCUCAUUUGGGACUCUCAUGCCAUUUGCUGCUAUCUAGUUGACAAGUAUGGGAAAUCGGAUGAUCUGUAUCCUAAGGAUUUGGUUAAACGUGCUCAGCUGCAACAGCGUUUGUAUUUUGAUGCCAGCGUGCUCUUUAUGGCUUUGAAGAAUAUUUGCACACCAUUUAUUCGAAAUAAUGUUACAACGGUGCCCCAGGAGAAGAUCGACAACGUCAGGGAUGGCUACGAUCAUCUGGAGACUUUUCUGGGUGACAAUCCCUAUGUGACUGGCGAUUCUCUAACCAUUGCCGACUUUUGCUGUGCGGCUACAGCCUCUUCUCUGCCCGCCUUCCUGGAAAUCGAUGCCGAGAAAUAUCCAAAAAUUACCGCCUGGUUGGCCCGUCUUAGUGAGCUGCCUUAUUACCAGGAGGCCAAUGCCGAGGGUGUGGAGAAGUACUUGGCCCUUUUCAAGGAUGCACUGACAAUUGUCUAAAUUAACCACUAAAAAUAAACUAUAAUGACUCCCAUGUUUCGGUUGUUCUUAAAAAUAUAUUAUUCAUAUGUAAAUGA